AUGCUGCAGCGCUGUGUCGAGGAUGGUGGGCGAAAAACAGUAUCCAACAAGCAGCAAUUAAAUACGCAUCGACAAAGCUUUUGUGCUGAUCCAUCAUGCUGGGCUGGCAUCACACACCAACACCGCGUCUUGACACGAAAUUGCUUGCGACGCCAACAUCACCUUACGAGUCGUCGCAGCUAUAAAAGUCGUCGUCGACGACAACACCAUGUCCAUUGGCGUAUUGAACAACAACAACAACAACAGCAACAUAAUAAACGUUGUUGGACUCCACCUAUCAAUGCUGACACGUUGAAAGAGCUAUCAUACGAGCGGAUUCUUUUAAACUUUCAACUGCGACAUGACCUGGUUUUCGAUCGACAUUUACGGUUUCGGCCCAACUUUGAUGGCACAUCAGGGAAAAUCAAACAAAGAAAUACAGAGCGAUAUUGGGUACAUCUCGAUCAUGUAUUUGGAGACGAGCCCUGUAAAGUGUUACCUGUAUUGCUUCAUCACUUGAUAGCGUGUUUAAACCUUUUGCAUCAAGAUCGCCGAGUGUAUAAUUCUGGAUGGCCCAUGCACAUCACCAUGGAUACUGUACACAGCAUGCUUAACCCCGAACGAAUUGUACGGCAAAUUGAAUGUGGCCAACUUGACUUGAAACCCAAGAUUGACUUUGUAGUCAAUAUCUUGCAGCCCAUGUGUCCCAAUGAACAUUGGCCACGUUUACAGCUUAUUGCACUUUACUUUUCGAAGAGAUUAUACGCUCGUGGUUUUCGUCAGUGCUUUGCCAUCAUCGAAGCCAUUCAAUUGAGCUGUGUCAAUCAAUUUUUGAAACAACAUCGUGCGCAUUUGAUUCGGACAUGUGCUCGAUAUGAAAGGCGGCAUUUCAAGGGCAAUAGGGAAAUCAUUGUCAAAUGGCUCACUGCUUCACGCACAGACCCUGAUGCAAGCUUUCUGCAAGUCUAUCAUACAGCCCUUGUACGCUUGGUUGCCAUGGAUUGCAAGCCGUUUCCUGCCACGUUGCAAUAUGAUCAAUAUCGACUGAUGCAUCAAUUCCGAGCUGAGUUUCUUACGAUCCUAAUCCUUGCCAUUCUUUGCAUACCCUAUCAUUACCUAUGUGGCAGUCGAUGGGAUAAGACCGAUCUUGAAAACCUAAAGACACGAUUAGAAGGUGAGCUUCAAGCCUUUCGUCGACAACAGCAACAGCAAGAUUCAAUGGCGUCUUGUAAAGAGCUACCUGAUUACGGCCAAUUGGCGACUGAAGUAUGUGAAGCAGCCUAUCGUACACAUAUUAAGCAAGGCGUUGUACCUGGAUGUGAUUUUGUGGAACGACAUGCUCGGACGUGGUCAGGAUGGUUGAGACGCCAUAUCAGUGCCACCUCCGAGAUCUACCGCAUGGUGCAUCAACGGGUGAUGGAAGUAUUGCGCUAUGUAUCUCAAGGUCAAAAUGUGUUACGUGCGGAUACCCUUAAGACUUUGGUUGGUUUAGAACGUGAACUGAUGACCCUUGGUCUUAGAAUACGUGCUGUAGCUGAUCUUAACUUGGCCACUUUUGGUCCAUUGUACAUUCAAAUUUGGAAAGACCUUAAUGCAUUUCCUCUUGUUUGA